UACAAAACCCCGAAUUCCUCCUAAUCCUUCCUUUGAGGUAUGUUUCCUGUGUGUGUUGUUUUUUAGGAGGAAACUCAAAAGUUUUCAUUUUGAGAAGGCGUGUAAAAAAGAAACACACAUCAAAACCAAACCAAAGCAGAAGACGUACGUUGUCUUGACGGUGAUGCCGGUGUGCGGAAGGGAGUGCCGGUGGCAGUGCCCUCAGUAGCAGACACCACGGCGCGGGAAGUCAAGCCAACAGUCUGCAGAGUCGUCAUCUACCUACAGAGGGGCAUGUCUGGGGAGUCCUGCCUGACCGAGCUGUGUCCGUCGCUGCCAGGGCCGACCCUCCCGGGGGGGAGGCCCAAGACCUGCAGCUACAAAGGGAGCCCCAACAACAAUUAUGUGCGUCUGAACGUAGGGGGCGCUCUCUACUUCACCACUGUGCAGGUGCUGACCCGGCAGGACACCAUGCUCAAAGCCAUGUUCAGUGGCAGGAUGGAGGUGCUCACUGAUAAGGAAGGCUGGAUCCUGAUAGACCGCAGUGGGAAGCAUUUUGGCUCUAUUCUGAACUACCUGCGAGACGCCACCAUCACAUUACCCAAGAGCCAGCAGGAGAUCAGAGAGCUGAUGGCAGAGGCCAAGUAUUACCUCAUUCAGGGGCUGGUGCAGAUCUGCCAGACAGCGCUGCAGGAAAAGAAGGACUUAUAUGAGCCAGUCUGCACCAUUCCGAUUGUCACCUCUUUGAAGGAGGAGGAGAAGCUGAUUGAGGCGUGCACCAAGCCGGUUGUGAAGCUGCUGUACAACAGAAGCAACAACAAGUAUUCCUACACCAGUAACUCCGACGACCACCUGCUGAAGAACAUUGAGCUGUUUGACAAGCUGUCCCUGCGCUUCAAUGGACGAGUCCUCUUCAUCAAGGACGUGCUCGGGGACGAGAUCUGCUGCUGGUCCUUCUACGGGCAGGGCCGCAAGCUGGCAGAGGUGUGCUGCACCUCCAUCGUCUACGCCACGGAGAAGAAACAGACCAAGGUGGAGUUUCCAGAGGCUCGGAUCUACGAGGAGACCCUCAACGUGCUUCUGUAUGAAACCCCCAGGGUCCCUGACAACUCCUUGCUGGAGGCCACAAGCCGGGGGUCCCACCGGGGGUCUCACAGCGAGGAUGAGGAGGGCACAGAGCUGCGGGACCGUGUGCGACGCAUCCACAUCAAGAGAUACAGCACUUACGACGAUCGGCAGCUGGGACACCAGCCAGGCUACAGGGACUAACCCCACUGCUCAGCCCAGAGACAGGGGCUCUCUUACAGGCUCUCUUUAAGUGAUUGUCCCGUUUCUGGUUGUCCACUUUCAGGGCUGUCUGUUACAUGCAAUCAGUGUUGGACAGCUUGGUUGCUAGGUGUUUGGCUGUGCAGUAGGUGUGCUUGGGUUUAAUCCCAGCUCAACAAACUCAACCACUAGUGGAUGAGCUGGGGUUCAAGCCCAGGGUCCGGUGGAUGAGCUGGGGUUCAAACCCAGGGUCCUCAGCAAAGCUUCAGGGACUUCAUCCUUCCCACACAUCGCUUUUACUUUAUAACUUAAUUUAACUUGUACAGUGUGUUCUGUAGAGAAAUACAACCCACCUUGUUUUAAGAGACUAACUCCAACUAACCAGAAACUUCUCUUUUUAAUAAAUAGAUAGAUCCGGUUUAUUCUAAGUGGAAUACACAAGUUUUGCAAUCUGGAAUAUAUUGUCAGGGUGUGUAGAUAACCCUGAGUGCCUGUGAACACAGAUGACACUACCUGAUAUUUAGAGAGAGCUUAAACUCAGCUUGCCUAUUUAACCCUUUCAUUACUUUUUUACAUUGGUAUGAAAACGAUAUUUAUUAUGUGUCCAAAACUACUUUUUUUUAUAGUUAUUUUCAGUAUUUUAUGCUUGAAGAUGGUUGCUGUGACACAGCCAACCCCCCCCCCCCUCUCAUCUCUAGCAAUGGACCAACUAGCCUUUCAGCCAGCCUUCUGUAGCCUCCCCUGCACUGUUACCAGAGGGAUCAGGUCUUGAAUCUAAAGUGAACUGAGCUCCACAGCCUGAAAGGGCAUCAAUACUGAAGAUGAGGGUAGGUAUGUGAACAGACACCACUCUGAGGAAGAGCUCUGACACUGUGGUGUGUGUCCAGGGCCCUUAGAUCAGUCUGCUCUACAUUCGUUUUUUUAAAGUGUGUUUUAGUAUUUAGGACCAUUGUUAGAUUCUCUUUUUCUAUGCUUCAGUUUCGGAUUGUUGUAAAAAAAACAAACAAAAAAAAAAAAAAAAGUAUUUUAAAUGUGUUUAUUUAUAUCAUACCAAUAAUAUUAAACAAUACGACCACUUUGCAUUCUAAGUGGAGAGCACGCUGCUCUGGUUUCUGUAAAUAGAAAACGAGCGGGUCAGUGAAUCUCUGUAGAUUAACUGACUGGCAGGAUGUUCUUCAUGAUCCUAACACUACUCCAGUUCCAUGACUUAUCAGCGUGACUGGGGCCAAGUUUAAGAAACUAAGCAUGUUGUGAGGUGGUGUAGGCAGACCAGUUUCACUGGUGGCUAACGUGCGAGCAGCCUUGUGUUGUAGCUUCCAGAACCCCUGUUGCCAGCCAAACAAGUAACCUUUAAAAGUGGAAACUCCUCAAAGCUGUGUGCAAAAACACAAUAGGUUUUAUUCAAAACAAGUUUACUUACUUUUACUCUGAUUUAAGACAUUAAGUGAAGUAUUUGUCCACUUGACUGCUGCCCUUUGAGGAUAGAUAUGGGUUCUCAUUUCCCAUUUAAUCUGCUGCAGGAGGAGGUGUAUUGAUGAAUCAAGUCUCCAGUCACUAUCUCAACACUAUUCAGUCUCACCACAACACACAGAAGAAUGUUACUUGUUAUUAUCUGUGGUGAUGUGUAUUUUAAUUAACCAAUCUAAUGAAAAGUGAAUGAUUUAUGAGUUAAUGCUUUAUAUCUGCCGGUAACACACACACACACAACACGAUGUGCCUGUGAAAUAUAUGCUGUGUUUCCAAUGUGUUGAUUUCUGUUUGCCUGUUUUUUGUUAACCAUUUCUUGUUGUGAUUAAGUACUAAAAGAGUUUGACAUGGAAUGAUCCAA